UCAUUUGGUAUAUUCAUUACCUUAAAGCUUCCCUUCCGAGUUCCAUUAUCUAGCUAAUCGAGCACAAGUACGUACGUAGACACCGGCCGGCCCAAGAAAAAGAUCGACAAGGAUUUCAAGAGAUUCCGGAGGGAAGAUCGACUGAAAUGGUUGUUGGCGGGCAAGUUUUGCAUGAGUUAGAGGUUCAAGUGUGUGCAAGCCAAGCAUGGGAGCUGAUGGGCACACUUGAGCUCGCUAAACUCAUCCAACAAACCCUCACCGAUGUAAUUGACAAUAUUGAAGUCGUACAAGGCGAUGGACAAGCCGGAACUAUUAUCAAAGUAACAUUUGCACCGGGAGUACCGGGCCCUAGAUGGCAAAAGGAGAAGUUCACAAUGGUAGAUAAUGAAAAGCGGGUGAAAGAAGUGGAGGUGAUUGAAGGUGGAUAUCUGGAAUUAGGGUUUACCCUUUUCCGAGUUCGAGGCGAAAUCAUAGAGUCCGCCUCCUGCUGUUGCAUUAUCAAAUCAACCAUUGAGUAUGAGCUUAAGGAAGAUGCUGCUGCCAACGUCUCACUUGUGUCCGCGCACCCUUUCGCAAAAAUUGCAGAGAUCGCCAAAAACCAUCUCCUCCUCCAAAAUUAAGAUCGAUCAAUGCACGCAAGUUAAUCUACUAGAGCUCGUCUGAACACAGCAUGGACGUAAACAUUGUAUCAAUAUAUAUAUAUAUAUAUAGUCACGUUAUAGCUGUAAUGGAUCUAUCUUCUGCUUCCGCAAUCAAUGUUUAAUUUACUCAAUUCUGGAAAAUAUUGGCUGUGAUUCUAGCUAGUGUGACUCGGUUUUGUUGUUUUGAUUAGGACUAAAUUCUGCUUACUUACCCUGUACUUUCAAGGGUUCAUC